AAGAAGAAUAGAAGAUGAAUGAAUACUGUGUGUGUCUGUGAAAAGAGACGCAAAGAGUCGAUAGAGAGGAGGGGAGAGAGAGAGGGUUCCGCCGUUAAAAAUGGCGGGGAGAGUACAGUUCUCUGUACAAAACAGCCUUUCGUUGUUCUCAUCAUCAACCUUAUACUAUUCCAGAGGGGCACAUAAUCUGAAGAAUCAACUCCAUUUUCGUCAAAACCUGUUCGCGUCUUCCUCCAAACGAGCUCUGUACUGCACUUGCAGAACAACCAGUAAUAAUCUCCCAAACGACGCAACUCAGCAGCUCGGAAAAAGCUCUGAACCAUUUGUCCUCACAACUCCGCUUUAUUACGUAAAUGCCCCUCCUCACAUGGGCAGUGCCUACACCACCAUCGCCGCCGACGCCAUUGCCAGAUUUCAGAGACUUUUAGGAAAGAAAGUUAUAUUCAUUACUGGCACAGAUGAGCAUGGGGAGAAGAUUGCCACUGCUGCUGCUACCCGUGAUUCCAGCCCAAGUGAACAUUGUGAUGUCAUCUCCCAAAGUUACAAGACGCUUUGGAAAGAGUUAGACAUAGCUUAUGAUAAGUUCAUUCGGACUACUGAUCCCAAACAUGAAGCCAUUGUGAAGGAGUUUUACUCUAGGGUUCUUGCCAAUGGCGACAUUUACCGCGCUGACUAUGAGGGGCUUUAUUGUGUCAAUUGUGAGGAGUACAAGGAUGAGAAAGAAUUGCUUGAUAACAACUGUUGCCCCAUGCAUCUAAAGCCAUGUGUCCCAAGGAAAGAGGACAAUUACUUUUUUGCCCUUUCAAAAUAUCAAAAGCGCUUGGAAGAGACUUUGACACAAAAUCCAGAUUUUGUGCAGCCUUCUUUUCGUUUAAAUGAGGUACAAAGUUGGAUAAGAAGCGGACUGAGAGAUUUCUCUAUAUCUCGUGCAUCAGUGGAUUGGGGUAUUGCAGUUCCCAGUGACUCCAAGCAGACUAUAUAUGUAUGGUUUGAUGCUUUACUGGGUUACAUAUCUGCACUGUCAGAGGAGAAAGAACAACCUGAUUUACAAACUGCAGUUUCUUCAGGUUGGCCAGCCUCAGUACACUUAAUUGGCAAGGAUAUAUUGCGAUUUCAUGCAGUUUACUGGCCAGCUAUGUUAAUGUCAGCCGGACUAAGCCUGCCUAAGAUGGUGUUUGGCCAUGGAUUCUUGACGAAGGAUGGCAUGAAGAUGGGGAAGUCACUGGGCAAUACGAUUGAACCGAAUGAUUUGGUGCACAGAUUUGGGCCUGAUGCUGUUAGGUACUUCUUCAUUAGGGAGGUGGAAUUUGGUAAUGAUGGGGACUACUCAGAGGACCGUUUCGUCAAUAUGGUCAAUGCACAUCUUGCCAAUACAAUUGGGAAUCUUUUGAACCGUACACUCGGACUUCUGAAAAAGAAUUGCCAAUCAACUUUGGCAGUGGAUUCGGCCAUUGCAGCUGAAGGAAAUGCAUUCAAGGACACUGUGGAGAAGCUGGUUGAGAAGGCUCGGGUUAAUUAUGAAAAUCUCUCACUAUCGUCAGCAUGUGAGGCUGUGCUAGAGAUUGGGAAUGCUGGGAAUUUAUACAUGGAUGAACGUGCGCCAUGGUCUCUUUUUAAGCAAGGGGGUGCUGCUUCUGAAGCUGCAGCAAAGGACCUUGUAAUUAUAUUGGAAGCAAUGAGGAUUAUAGCAAUUGCUUUAUUCCCAAUCACACCAAGCUUAUGUCCGAGAAUAUAUUCCCAGCUUGGCUACUCAGAGGAACAAUUCAAUACCAUUACUUGGAAUGAUACCAAAUGGGGUGGUCUAAAGGGUGGUCAGGUCAUGGCUCAACCAAAGCCUGUCUUUGCACGGAUUGAGGACCAAACAGAAGCAAAAGAUGGGGGUGAAACGAAAAAAGUCAGUAAAAAGAAGGAAAGAAUACCCAAGAGUCGAGUGGUAGCAGAAGCCUAGAAAUCUGGUCGCAGUCCAACACACAUACUUUUUACUUCAUAUCAUUUUAUGCAACUGAAUUGUUUUGUUAAUCUUCUUUGAUGGACAUUUCAUUCAAUUAUUGUUUUCUAUUUAGUUUCAUGUUAUGGGAAUUAUGAUGGUUCUGUAUCGUCAAUAAUGUUCAAAUAAACAGCUCUUUUCAA